AUGUGCCGAGACGCAUGGGCGCAUCACCGCGUGUCGACGGUAUUGGAGAAGAGCGGUGCAGACUUCCGCAGGUGCGGACUUUGCCGUAGUGCUGGUUGUGGGAUUGAUGCAGUUAAGGAGAGUCGCAGAAUUGUCGACGAAGCCAGUAAUAUCGAAAACGACCAUGAUAAUGAAUCGCCUCCGAUCGUCGACGUGAGCAAAAGUAUUCAGCUCAAUGGCAGGAACGACAAGAACUACCGUAGCGGCCUUGAAAUCUUCGAUAUUGAGGAUGGUUCUUGUAAGACGGACCGGAAGCCCUACGACUUGGCGCGAGCCAGUUCCGAUGGAACUUGGCAAGAAUGGUCGGAGGCUGCCACGAUGGUCAGCAGACUGUGGCCGGAUACUGUUGAAGGAAGCCCACGGCCGCCUACGGCGGCUGUGGCCUCAGGCAGCCGGGACCUCAUACAGGCUCCAAUUCCCUCGCCUAGCUAGCUAGGGAUAAUAAUCAAGACACAUAUCUUUGACCUCUUGACAGAUACGAAAGUAACCUGUCCCUGGGAAGAGCCAAGGGGUACCGUACAGGCCUAGCCAACCUAGGUCCCAGAGGGCCUAGCCAACCCUCUGGAAUGGAGAAGCCCGACCCGCGUUUCUGAUUACAAGCCCCUACCUAAGGCUUGGAAGGUCCCUUAUGGCACUGUGGGCAGCGCUGUUCUUUUCAGUCGCGGCUAAUUUGUUAAAGACACAGUGGGC